AUGGCCGACCAAAGAGGCCCCGAGCCGCCAGAAGAACCCAUGGAUCUAGCCUAUACAUGGCCACUUGUACUUUUGACAGAUCUAGACAAAUCUAGCCAAGACAAUAUUUCCAGCUACGUGCAGUCGAUGCUCCAGGACGAUCUCCAAACAUACUACAACCACUACUUCGUAGGCAAGCUCAAAGCUGAUGCCCGCUUCAGCUCCAACGUCAAGAUUUGGUCGCCAUCCGAAUGGCUACUCAAGUCUAUCUCUCUACAGGGACCACACUGGGAUAGCCUAAGCAAUAUCCAUGCCCUUGCUGUUCUAGCAUUCCGGUCAGGUCGCCCACGAAUCAUUGUGGCAGACGAAACGACAAAGCGUCAUCUGGCCAAAGACCGCGACCCCAAGUGUGAUCCGAUGGUCGCAAUUUCAGUGAUCUUGGUCUCUACAAAAAGAUUGCAUCGCUCAGAAAGAAUUUCCGUCUUUGUGAAACGCGCUCUCUGCCAUUCAGUCCCGGUCAAUGCGGAAAAUCCGAGCCUCAGCUACCCUCAACCAGACCCCCAAAUACCCGAUUUUCAAUCUGUUGUCAGGGAAUGGGGACCCCUAUGGAUCCGUGAAAAUGAAGGACACGCAGGCUUCAUAGUACAUGACCCUGAUCAACCCCUUCUCAAGUCUGGCUCGGGCCAAAUUCUUGAAAAGGAGUACUACGUGAAGGCCGUGACUGCUGCACUAUGUCCCGAUUUGCCUUUGGAAAUAACGUUCAAUGUCUCACAUACCCGCAGCAGUGAGAUAAAGAUGCCUGUUUGGAACCGCCGUCCAAGCUAUGAACAUCUUGUUAUAUUCCUCCUCUACCACACUACGACAAAGGAGCGACGUUAUACUAGAAGAGCGAUCGAAGACGCGCACCCCACGAUGUUUCUUCCUCUCGGGGGACCCCCUAAAAUGACCCUGGAGCUGGUCCCGUGGGACCGACACCAAAUCAGAAGUAGGCGAGACCUAAUGACUUUCUGGGAGCGGUACCGCCUAUGGGAUGCUCAGGUCGGGGGGCUCAGACAUGCGAUAAUGCCUCUGAUCUAUCUCGAUCAACCACUUGAAGAUCCCAAAUUGGCGCUGUUCGGUGCUCUCCACGGCCGGGGUGUCUCGCAGCCAGUCCCAGCAGUCAUGACUCGGAUGGAAUUGCACAGUAUCUGUGAUUAUAUAGCAAGCACGGGCUAUAUUACUGCCCCUUUACCAGGUGAUCAUGAGUAUGAGGUCCGCCCCGACGUCCCAAGAGAGUUCCUUUGGAAUCCAGACCAACCAUGCUUUUCGAAGCAGCUUCUACUAACGACAUCUUGGUAUUGCCCACGGCUUAUGAUAUUCCUCACGAAUUGGUUAACAAAGGAAGAUAUGGAGAGACUUCGGAAUAUUAUGCUGGUGCACGACAGGUCUGAUCCGUCUGAUACAAAUGGAUACCUUCCGAUUGAGUACCGGGUUUUGCCUUGGAGGGACGGCGAUACUGGUGUGACGAGUGAAGCUGGAGUGACUGAUGAAGCCGAAAUAACCGAUGGAAAGCUGGAAUACAUCUGGGACACCGUCAGCAAGAUCUACAUAGAGCCCUGCAGUUGGCUCAAUAGGGAUGCCUUUUUCUGCGCUGAUGAGCAGUUCGCCAUUGAUCAAACGGUCAUCCUGGGUUCAGUUGAAGAGUAUGUUACUGACCCGGCGCAUAACCUCCUCGAACACUUGCCUUUUCCAUUUGUCAAGGGAUUUCUCUUCAGGCGCAUCCCUGUGAAACGGGCAGUCUCGUGUGGGAACAAGAGAAAAGUUGCUGGCGAGUGGUUACGCUAUUCCAGACCUGGGUGGCCAUCCCCAGGGCUACUGCCUGGCGAUUCUUAG